CCUUUGGCAGAUUCACACAUGCUGAGUUCACCACGUCUUAGGAGCAGACAGCUUCUUUAUGAUGAGUUGGAUGAAGUAAACCCACGUCUUCGAGAACCCCGAGAGCUCUUUUCCAUUUUGUCUACCAAGAGACCACUGCAGGCUCCAAGAUGGCCAACUGAAUGUGAGGUCAUCAAGGAAAACAUUCAUCAUAUUGAGUGGGCUCCACCUCAACCAGAAUAUUUAUAUCAACCUACAGGAAAUGAAAAGGUACCAGAGAUUGUAGGAGAGGAAAAAGGAACAGUUGUCUAUCAAUUAGAUUCAGUGCCCACAGAAGGUUCCUAUUUCACCAGUUCCAGAGUGGGAGGCAAACGAGGAAUUAUCAAGCAACUUGCUGUCACGUUGCAAGGACCAGAAGAUAAUACUCUACUGUUUGAAUCAAGGUUUGAGAGUGGGAAUCUGCAAAAAGCUGUCAGAGUAGACACCUAUGAGUAUGAACUUACCUUGCGAACCGACCUCUACACAAACAAACACACUCAGUGGUUUUAUUUUCGUGUUCAGAACACCAGAAAAGACGCCACCUAUCGCUUCACCAUUGUCAACUUGCUAAAACCCAAGAGUCUUUAUACUGUAGGAAUGAAGCCACUCUUGUAUUCCCAAUUCGAUGCCAACACCCGCAAUAUUGGCUGGAGGAGAGAAGGAAAUGAAAUCAAGUACUACAAAAACAACACGGAUGAUAGGCAGCAGCCCUUCUACUGUCUCACAUGGACCAUUCAGUUUCCAUAUGACCAGGACACUUGCUUCUUUGCACACUUCUACCCAUAUACGUACACUGAUUUGCAAUGCUACCUCCUGUCAGUGGCAAACAACCCCAUCCAGUCCCAGUUCUGCAAGCUCCGAACUUUAUGCAGGAGCCUAGCAGGAAAUACCGUUUACCUGCUCACCAUCACCAACCCAUCCCAGACCCCUCAAGAAGCAGCUGCAAAAAAAGCUGUGGUCUUGAGUGCCAGAGUCCACCCUGGGGAAAGUAAUGGCUCCUGGGUUAUGAAAGGCUUUUUGGACUUCAUCCUUAGCAACUCCCCAGAUGCCCAGCUCCUCAGAGAUAUUUUUGUCUUCAAGGUGCUUCCCAUGUUAAAUCCAGAUGGUGUGAUUGUGGGGAAUUAUCGGUGCUCCUUGGCUGGAAGGGAUUUGAACAGGCAUUAUAAAACCAUUCUGAAGGAGUCUUUCCCUUGUAUUUGGUACACCAGGAACAUGAUCAAAAGACUUCUUGAAGAAAGAGAGGUUCUGUUGUAUUGUGAUUUCCAUGGCCACAGUCGUAAGAAUAAUAUCUUCCUGUAUGGCUGUAAUAACAACAAUCACAAGUACUGGCUUCAUGAACGAGUUUUUCCUUUAAUGUUAAGCAAAAAUGCACCAGAUAAGUUCUCUUUUCACAGUUGUAAUUUUAAGGUCCAAAAAUGCAAAGAAGGAACGGGACGAGUUGUGAUGUGGCGGAUGGGAAUUCUAAACAGCUACACCAUGGAGUCUACCUUUGGCGGCUCCACCGUGGGUAGUAAAAAAGGCACCCACUUUACCAUUGAAGAUCUGAAGUCCUUAGGUUAUCAUGUCUGUGACACCCUUCUGGACCUUUGUGAUCCUGACCAAACCAAGUUCACUCAGUGUCUAGCAGAGCUUAAGGAGCUUUUACGACAGAAAAUACACAAGAAAUUCAAUGAACUUGGACGAGAUAAAGAUUUAGAAGGAAGUUGGAGUGAUAUCUCUUUGUCUGACAUUGAAUCCAGUACCAGUGGCUCUGACAGUUCUCUCUCAGAUGGUCUUCCUGUUCACCUAGCAAACAUAGCAGAUGAGGAAAGGGCAGGAUUUGCUUCUACUCUCAAAAAGCAGCCAAACUUUUUCAAAAACUCAGAGAAUUCCAGUUCUUUACCAGUGAAAAAUGAAAGCCCGAGGUUAAAUGAGAUAAAUUUCAAUAGAAGAGACAAAGACACCCCCCUGGACCCAUCAAUGACCACCCUGAUUCUGCCUAAGAAUAAAGAGAAAAUGCAGAAUAAGAAGCCAGGCUUUACAGUAUCGUGCUCUCCAAAGAGAACCAUAAACUGCAGCCAGGAGCCAGCUCUAGGUGUGAAGCCAAACUGGCCAAGGAGCAGAUAUCCUGCCACAAAGAGAGGCUGUGUGGCCAUGGCGGCAUACCCAUCCUUGCACAUACACACAUACCCGUAGGUGAGCCUGGGCUAUGCCACACAAGCACUUUUCGGGGUGUUGCAGAUUAGACACAUUUUGUAAUGGGAGGGAUGUGUGAUUGGGAACUGCAUUUCCUGGCGGUGUACUGUGUUGUGUACUCAUCAUGCACUGACCUGACACUUUGUACCUACACUCUGUGUUGUGAUCAAGAUGCAUACCUCAUGAAUUUAACUGUUUUUUCAUAAAAUGAAAUUUCAUUAUGAUGUGUAAAAAUGCUUUAUCAGGAAUUGAAGUGUGCUCUCAUGGCACACCUCAUGGCAGCACAGAUAUUCCUCAUUUUAACCAAUAGAUAUUCUUUCUAAAAUUAUGUGUAAAUCAAUUUUUAAAAAUCAAACUCUGUGUUAAACACAUUUUCAGAAAGUGCUAUAUAAAAAAAAAAAAAAAAAGUCUUGUGUCAAAGCUUUCCAGUGAUGAAUGGUCAGUCUGACUGCUGUAUGUCAGGUUUGCUCAGAAUGAGGUAUUCCCACAUGGAAAUACCAAUGCAUGUAUUACCCAGAAUUUCAUGUUGCAUAUCUUAUGUUCAAGGUUUUGUAAAUUUUUUAACCUGCUGAUUAAAAUUCUUUCUCUCU